CGAGACUUGUAUAAGCAGACAUAAAUCUACAGGAUGUUGGCGGUCCCGACCAUCGUAAGUCGUGUGGACGGAAGCUAAGAUGAAAUAUAAAUAGCCGGAGGUACCCCUGACGACCUGUUUCGUUAUGUUCCAUCCUCCUUCUCUCCCAUCUUCCACCUCCUCCUCGCCAUGAUCAUCGCCAGCGACGACGACGACGUCCUUCUGUCCUCGUCGGGCGAAAAAUUGCCGUCCCCAGUCGCCCAAACCUCGACUGAACCACCGCCGUCUGUGCCUGCACGACCUCGGACGCCACCUCCUCCUUAUACGGACUCUCCAGAUUACGCAUCUGUCCCUCCUCUUGACCCCCCUUCAAAUUCUCUGGAUAAUCAUUGGCAUAUCGUGCACGCUGCACCACCGCCACAUCUCCAUCAAUCCCCAUACACGAAUGUAUCUUCAAACCCAAGGCGCAGACUGGAGAAACGCGCUACCGAGCCGACGAGCAAGCGGUUCAUCAAGACGUCGUUGAUCGCUUUGCUCUUGAUAUGGAUGCUGUUGGUAGGCUGGUGUGUGACCUCGGUCAGAGUACGUUCGUAUCCGGAUGCAAGAGGGAUGGGGCGUCCUGGGCAGAAACAGGUGUCACCAUCACUACAUGCUCCUAUGUUCUCAAACAUCGUGAAGCUGGAAAUCAACAUCAACCUCCCAUGGUCAUUUUUAUCCCCACCACCUCAUCCUUACCCUUUCCAUGAUCCACACCACCGAGGACACCAUCCUCAUCCGCAUCCACAUCCUAGUCAUCCUCAUCAUCCUUUCUCUGAACAUUCGAACCAUAAACCAAUAUGUCCCGCUCACUUUGGUCUUGGCCUGGGCAGUGGUUCUGGUCACGACCCUCGGUAUCCUUCUCAACACGCCGUCUGUUUGGUAGAAGGACCUCACGGUCACCCUCACCACGGGCAUGGACAUCAUCCACUAGGUGGAAAAUGGCGAAAGGAUUGGGAACGUGGAUUGAGAAUGUGAGGUGCGAGUUGGACAGGGGCUACGUUCGCGGAGGCAGGUAUGGUUGGAAGUGUGAGUGUCGAGGGAGACAGGAACAUAUUGGAUAGCACAUCUGUAAGCAGGCUGGGACACGGAGCGCGCAGUCUUCGUUAUCGAGGGCGUCGCAUCAUCAGAUGAGCUUGAGUCUGGCCAAGUUUUGUCUUCGGCCGACUACGAGAACGCACUUGCUCCGUCUAAUACAGGAACCCACUGUUGU